CAUGUUUCGCUUAGCUACUGUUGGGGCUCGACUGGACAGCACAUCCGCUGGAUCACGACUAGAGAACGGCUCCCGGAAUUUGAGAAAGUGAUACCUCAUGAGGUAUUACCUAAGACGAUUGCCGACGCGGUGAAGGUGGUACGCGAGAUCGGAAUUCGUUAUCUCUGGGUUGAUAGUCUGUGCAUAGUACAAGACGAUCCUGAUGACUGGGCGUACGAGGCCUAUCGUAUGGCUCAAGUCUAUAAUAGCUCACUCUUCACUGUCAUCUCCGGCUCGGACAGUGCCAUGGGGGGUUUAUUCCUCCCUCGCGAGCAACUCAAAGUCAGCGCAGCAGAUAUUCUGCUCCAGUCGAAUCCCGAAGCAGGAGAACACGUCGCUACGCUGUAUCCAUCCGUCCAGGAUAUUGGCACUGCCCACCACGGUGGACCAACAACGAGAAGAGCUUGGUGCUAUCAGGAGGAGCUGCUUUCCCCGAGGAGAUUGUACUUUACGAACCGCCAGUUUGUUUGGGAAUGUUUGUGCUCGAGCCACGAUGAGACGGGCAGCCGAAGCCCUGGCGACACACGCUCCACCAAAUACUGUCCGCCACCGUAUGAUGCAGAUGUGCUUCUGCGAAACACGAGAGUCGUCGGAGAAUGGCAUUCAGUGAUAGAAGAGUACACCUCACGCCAGCUCACCUACCAUAGCGACGUCUUUGCCGCGUUAGCCGGCGUUGCAGCGUCUCUCAAGGCGCGCUACCGAUGCAAGUACCUGGCUGGUAUGUGGGAGGAUGACAUGCUCAAUGGUCUCCUCUGGCAGAGGGCUGGGACUUCACUUGGCCGUUCCGCGGAGCUCAACACACCCAGCUGGUCCUGGCUGAGUGUGCAGGGC